AUGGCACCGCCAAAGCAAGAACCUAAGAAAAAAAUCGAAGUUGUGGAAACUACUGAAACCAUUGUUAAUCUUAAUGAUCCCGUAAAACCAGACGAUCAAUUAGUUCUUAGCAAUGAUACUCUAGAAGAAAUACACGAUAAUAUAUUUUAUAUUAAAGAACCACCCAAACCACCUACUCAGAUAAUUUAUAGUUAUAGAAAAAAAAAAUUUGAGCCUAAGAUUGAAAAAUCUAAUGGUGUAUUAAUUAUCGGUUUGAAAUCUGCAUUACUUCAUUGUGAAUCUACAGAAGCUAAUAUUCAAAUUGAAAACGAGUUAUGCAGAAAGCCAGAAGAUUUUACUGCGGUGGACGAAGUUGGUGAGAUUGAAAUGAUGGAAGAAGAACAAGAAAAUAUUGAUGUGCUUGAUUUAUCAGAAGACGUUGCUGAAGAAAAUUUGGUGUUACUUGAAGAAGGCAAUGAAGAAUUCUUGAAUGAAGAAAAUGAACUGGAUGAGAUGAAUGAAAUGGAAGAAGAAAAAAGUUUGAAAGUAGUAUCUAAAGAGGACUUUGAACCAGUACACAAAAAACGCGUGUUAAAAGAAAAGUCUAUAGAGUCUUUUGUAAGCUUGCCGGUCACCAAGUUUUGCACCGUGAUUAAGCUUAAAAACAAAUUCAAUUUUUUUGAUCGAUACGUACAAACUAAAAGUAUUUCUAUGAAAGAUAAAUACACUCAGACUAGGAUAAAAAAAUACGUAAAAUUUCAAAUGACUGUAUUACGCGGUGAAUCAUAUGACAUUUGUAAAAAUGAUUUUAUGAAACAACAAGAAAAAAAAGAAGAAGAAAUGAGAAAAAAGAUGGCCGCACACAUGUCUAAAAAACAAGCCGGAAGUAAAAAAAAACAAGUCACGCACGAUCCAAAAACACUCAACUUACUUAACAUUUCCAAGACCAUUGAGAGAUUUGUUAACUUACUUGUGACUGAUGCCAUAGCACAAGAUUUUCGUUAUUACGAAGACCCAUCUGACCAGUUCAGAAAUAAAGGAGAAGGCACAUUAAUGCUUAUGUGGAACAUGGUGUUAAAAAAGGAAAAAAUAUUUACUGUUACUGAUAUGUGCUGGAAUCCUAUUUAUUUUGACAUGUUUGCCAUUACAGUCAGCAUUCCACAAUGUUAUCUAUCAAGUACUGACAAUCCAGAUGUGGGUUAUGUAUGCGUGUGGUUGUUAAAAAAUUCGUCGUACCCCGAUUUCGUCACUGAAACAGAUUGUGGAGCGAUGUGCCUUAGUUUCCAUCACCAAUUUGGUUAUAAUCUGGUGGUCGGAUUUCGUGACGGUGGCUUAGCUGUGUACAACAUUAACAUGCUGACUCACGAACCGCAGUACAAGACGGAUUUGACCCAAACCAGACAUAUGGCUUGUGUGAGACAGGUGGUUUGGGGCAAGGAUUUGCCAAGUGGUGAACUGAAUUUCUUCUCUGUGUCCGAAGACGGUACAGUCUGCCAAUGGUUACUGGUAGAAUUCGAAAUGGUCAAGAUUGUUAUAAUGACUCUUAUCAUAGAGAUGGAUCCUGAAAUUGAACUUGGCGGAAUCAAACAGACGUACUACGCCAAGGGCACGACAAUCACGUUUAAUCCAAAUAACGACGAGUUAUACAUGGUAGGCACAACCGAGGGAUACGUUUAUAAAUGUAAUACGGCUAUGAGUAGUUUUACGAAGAAAUUUCGAGCUCACGAAAUGGAAGUCAAUCGAAUUGAUUAUAAUAAAUUCGAUUCGAAUAUUUUCAUUACGUGUAGCAAUGAUUUCAUGGUGAAGUUAUGGGAAGACGAUUCAGAAGGGCCGUUGAUAAUGAUAAAUCUAAGAAGAGCAUUGUGCGAUGUGCAUUGGUCGCCGUUUUCCAGUACAGUUUUCGUUAUCCUUACUGUCGAUUGUCACAUGAUAUUUUACGAUUUGAAUGUAAGCUUGAAAAAACCCGUUUGUGAUCAGCUCAUACAAUCUGCUGAAGAAGAUCGCCCCACUAGAAUGAUUUUCAACAAACGAGUACCGAUGGUCUUGGUCGGAAGUUCAAGGUCUACGGUAAUUACGUUUAAAUUAUCACCGGGUCUUCGGGCAACGAUGAAAUCUCCGAAGAAAGGAGUUUUAAUUUCUGUGGAAACUAUGGAGUUGGAAAAAUUGUAUGCCAUUUUGGACACGUUCAGAAAAAAAACCAAUAAAUCAGUUACAUCAUAG